CGUAACUCGUGAGAUAUUUUGGUUUCUUUCUAAUUGUUUGUGGUCCUUGCGCGCAUCCGAAGACUGAGCUCUCUCCCUCCUCCGCCUAGGGUUUUGCGAGGAGUAGGGAACCGAUUUGCCGAGAUAUUAGUCUAGUGUAAAGUCGUCAAACAAAUUUUGAUAAAAUGGCCGGGCAGAGAAACAAUUAUGGCAAAAGGUACCAUUCUCAGCCUGAUUAUACUGACAACAGCGGGAGCAAGAGAAGAAAUCCUGGUGAUGAGAGAGAUCCCUUUGCUCCUACGUCUGAUGACACUGUAUACCGAUAUUUGUGCCCUGGAAAGAAGAUAGGGAGUAUCAUUGGCAGGGGAGGGGAAAUUGUGAAACAACUCAGGGCUGAUACUCAAGCCAAGAUCAGAAUUGGCGAAUCUACUCCAGGUUGUGAUGAACGGGUUAUAACAAUUUACAGCUCAAGCAGGGAAACUAGUACCUUUGAGGACACUGGCGAUGAAAUUUGUCCUGCACAAGAUGCUCUCUUUAAAGUACAUGAGAAGCUUAUCGCUGAUGAAUCCCUGAAUGAUGAAUACAUUGACACAGAUGCACCUCAAGUCAUGGUCCGUCUGCUUGUGCCAUCUGAUCAGAUUGGUUGCAUAAUUGGGAAAGGUGGGCAAAUUAUUCAAAGUAUUCGCAGUGAAACUGGUGCUCAAGUUCGUAUUAUGAAAAAUGAGCAUCUUCCUCCAUGUGCCAUUAAUAAUGAUGAACUUCUCCAGAUUUCCGGGGAAGCGCCAUUAGUGAGGAAGGCUUUGUUUCAAGUUUCAACUCGUCUUCAUGAUAAUCCAUCUCGCUCCCAGCACCUCCUAGCUGGAAAUUUGCCCAGCUCAUUUCCUUCAGUUGCACAGUAUGGGGUUCCAAAUACUGGACCACCGGUCAUUGGUAUGGGUCCAGUGAUGGGUCAUUAUGGAGGUUACAAGGGUGAUGUGGCAGGAGAUUGGCCUUUUUACUCAGGUCCUCGGGAUGAAAGUGCAGCGAGGGAAUUUGGGCUGCGCUUGCUCUGCCCUUCUGUGAAUAUUGGAGCAGUCAUUGGCAAAGGUGGUGCCAUUAUUAAGCAAAUCAGGCAGGAAUCUGGCGCAACAAUUAAAGUGGACAGUUCCUCUGGUGAAGAUGACUGCAUUAUCACAAUUUCUGCGAAGGAGUUCUUUGAGGAGGCCAUAUCUCCAACUUUAGAAGCUGCAUUGCGCUUGCAACCUAGAUGCAGUGAGAAAACUGAGAGAGAAUCUGGGGAAUUUUCAUUUACCACACGCCUGCUUGUACCUACAUCACGUAUUGGCUGUCUGAUUGGUAAAGGUGGGUCUAUCAUCUCUGAGAUGAGGAGAUCUACACGAGCCAACAUCCGUAUCCUUUCAAAGGAAAACCUUCCAAAAGUUGCUUCAGAAGAUGAUGAGAUGGUUCAGAUCAGUGGAGACCUUGAGCUUGCCAAAAAUGCUCUUGUGCAAAUAACAAUGCGGUUGAAAGCCAACUUUUUUGAAAGGGAGGGUGCUUUAUCUGCAUUUCCACCCUCGGCUCCUUACCAUCUCAUGGCAAGUGAUGAUGGGACAAAAUAUGGGGGUAGGGAUAGUAAGGCACAUAGUCGUGGGUACUCUUCAUAUUCUGGUGGAUAUGGUUCUUCAGGUGACUUACCAUCUGAAACUUAUGGAGGAUAUAGUGGUUCCCAGGGCGGUAGUGGUGGUAAUUAUGGAUCAUAUGGUGGGUACUCUGGUCGUUCUGGUAGCGCUGGGUUGUCUGGCCCAAACCCCGUUUCUCAUGGGAAACACCAUGGUUAUUAGGCUCUCAAAUUUUAGGGCCUGCAGCUGAGAUGUAUGAAGCCUGGAGCCACAGCUUGUAUGAAGCCUCAAGCCUAAAUUCCGAAGACCAGACGCACAGAGUUGAGAUCCUCCCACCUUGGAAGCUUUCUUUAGAAGCACCAACACGAAUGAUUCCCCAUCUGAUUUAUUGUUGCCUUUAGAGUUUAUUUGUUUCACCAAGAACCAAUUGUUGAAGCCAUAGAUUAUGCUUGGAACCAGUUGUAUUAAUUUCAUAGUUUAAAUAUUGCCUGUUCGUUUCAAUACUCGCACUUUCCUUAAUUGUCAAAGCUAAGUAGUUUAUUUCACGUUGCAAGUGUCAUCCCCCUUAAAGCUAUUGGGAAAGAUACCCUAUGUGGCCAAGAGCUCUUCUUUUGGAAGACAUUAUAUUGUUUGCAGAAGUUUUUUUUCGUUCAACCUGUUCUCUGAAGCAACUGAUUGUUAAGCAACACUGGGUUUCUUCUUUAUUGUUUUGUUUGGAUAAUUUGGACAUUUCAAUGUUGUUGCAUUGAGUUUCUGAAUUUUAGCGUGUAGUUUAUUUAUGUGGAUCUCAUAUAUCUAAGCAGGCAACUUGCAAUAUUAUGUUGUGCAGGGAUUCUGAGGUUGUUUUUGCCAUGAUCCACACUUCAAAAUAAAUUUCUUUCAUGCUUUGGUAGAACUUUUAAGAAUAAGAUAACAACUAUGUAUGUUACUUAGCAUGACUUGCCAUGUCAGCAAUGGUUUCUAAGGGCUGUUUUUAGAUGAUUAUUUUUGCUACCAUUAUAUGACAUCACUAAUCUUAUGGUGAUGGGUAAGGAUGUUGAAGUAGCUCAAUACAUGACCAUUCUUCUCGUUUCUGGCAUUUUAGGUGAGCUGCAACUUCUAUUGAAUUGGUUUUAUAUUUACUGCUUAGUACUGAUGCAUGGCUUGAGAUAUGUCAUUUAACCUCGGUAUAUGUUUUCAGUACGAUCAUUUGCAGGCUAUUAGCAGCAUGUGUGUUUUUUGCUUGAACCCGGUAAGAAUUCUAUUCAUGUGUUUCCAUAUAUGUAGAGAAGGAUUUGUCUUCAUAGUACUGUUUUGGUAUUGUAGUUUUAUCUUCACAUUUGUCAGGUACAUUUGCUGCACUUCAUUUGUUUUGCUCUACUACUAUAAGUCACUUGAUAAAAGCUACAAUUGUCUGGUUGUAAUUUGCAAUCUCAGUUGUUUAUUUGAGAUGUAGAUCAGUUAAUGAGAACAGGAAGGCCCGGCGUAAUGAAGAAAGAGGUGCUGAUUUGGACCUCUUGGUGUGUUCUACAUGUUCUACAUGCCUCUCUAUUUUGAGGUUCAAGGCUCUUUUUUAAUCUUGUUACCAGUGAUUUUUUUAAUAUGUAAUUAUUUAAAAAUGGUUUAAUUGCCGUACAGGUUUGUGAAAUUGUGUACUUUUUGUUUUUUUUUAUUUUUUGCAAUAUUUAUAGGUACAAUUAAGCUCUCAUAUUUAGUCAAGUUGGAUCAUUCUAGUCCUCGGCGUAGAUUGCAAAGUGUUCAUGUCAAAAAAAUAUUGCAAGUACUAAAAAGACAAAAAGUACACAAUUACAGGGACCUGUACGACAAUUAAACCUUUAAAAAAUCCAGUUUCCAAAUAUAUGACAAUGGGUGUGUAUUGUUUUUGGUAUGCUGGAGACCGCUUUGCGGAUCCAUGUUGUGUCCAGCUAUGAAAUACUUAUUUGAUGUAUGAUUGAAUUGUUGUCUGUUGCUGUGAGAUUAUGUAGGUGUGCUUUUUAAGGGAGCAACAAGAUUUCUAAGCCAAUGAGGGCAUGCUCUCUAUGGUCA